GCGAGAUGUGCUCCGCUUCCACACCCCUGUGACAGCUGCCUGGCACUGAGCAGCUGAGUGGGCAGGUGCACUUCAACGCUUGGGGUUCAUUUUUUCAUCAAGCCCGUGUUUGGGAUUAUUGACCCAUUAUUGAUACUGGAGAAAUGGAGCCAUUCAAUGAAAGUCCAGAAUUACAGCGGAAGGGGAUGUUUGGCUUGAAGUUAAAGAAAAAGAAGAAAGGCGACAAGGCUCUGGUCUUUGCAAAUAAAGGUGCACUGGAUGGCAGCGAGACGGAGAGCCCAGCGGCCGCUGCGGCAGUGGAGGCCAUCGACUCCGACGAUGGCAGCCAUGCCGCCUUGGCGCCUGUCAUAGCCGAGCCCCUCUCUAAGAGAUCCAAGCUAGUGGCCAAGAUUCAAGAUAGUGAGAGUAAGAUGCAAGCCUUCCAGAUCUCCAUCAACAUAACUGAGGCCAAACAGCUUGUGGGGGAAAACAUUGAUCCCAGUGUGGUGAUUGAGAUAGGAGAUGAGAAGAAACAGACUACAGUGAAAGAGGGGACCAAUGCUCCCUUCUACAAUGAGUACUUUGUGUUUGAUUUCUUCGGCCCACAAGAAACAUUUUUUGACAAAGUCAUCAAGCUCUCAUUGAUGCAUUCCAAGAUCAUGCGCGGUUUCUGUGUCGGCUCCUUCAAGCUGGAUGUGGGGACAGUGUACCGACAGCCAGGUCAUCAGUUCACUAAUAAGUGGGCUGUCCUCACUGACGCCAUGGAUAUUCGGACAGGGGUAAAAGGCUACCUGAAGUGUGACAUCAGUGUGACGGGAAAGGGGGAGGUGACACACCCUCCUCAGAAAAACACAGAGGCAGAGGAGCACAUCAAUAAAAAUCUGCUGCUACCAGCUGGAUUUCCAUCGGAGCGUCCCUGGUCUCGCUUCUAUGUCAAGGUGUACCGAGCUGAAGGGCUUCCCCGAAUGAACUCUAGCAUCAUGGCCAAUGUCACCAAGGCAUUCGUUGGGGACGCCAAGGACCUUAUCGACCCAUACGUUGUCGUGUCCUUCUUUGGCCAGAUGGGCCGCACAUCCACCCAAAAGGGCUCCGCAGAUCCGGUGUGGAACGAGCAGAUUGUCUUUAAAGAGAUGUUCCCACCCCUGUGUCAACGUGUGAAGAUCCAGGUGUGGGAUGAAGGCAGUAUGAACGACGUGGCUAUUGGAACACAUUUCAUUGACCUGCGCCGGAUUGCCAAUGAACAGGAUGGCGACCGAGGUUUCCUGCCCACAUUUGGUCCAGCUUGGAUCAACCUUUAUGGCUCCCCUAGAAACUCCACGUUAGUGGACAACUUAGAGCUGAACGAGGGAAUGGGUGAGGGCGUGUCCUUCCGUGGACGGAUUCUUCUAGAGCUGGCGGUGGAGAUUCUCUCGGGAGCGGGGGCAGCUGAAUCUAAGAUGGCAAAGGAUACAAAAGGAGGGAAGGACCCUAAAGGCCCAGCAGCUACAGGAGGGGGACCUGCAGGGGGAGCGGAUGAGGAGAAGGGCAGUGCCCUAGGUGCAGAAGUGACGCCGGUGGAGGCCCCAUCAGAGAUAAGCAGUGAAGACAAGGAGAACUUCAUACUGUUUGGUGCUGUGUUCGAGGCAUCCAUGAUCGACAGGAAGAUUGGAGAAAAACCUAUAAACUUUGAGUUCACCAUUGGCAACUAUGGAAACUUGAUUGAUGGCACCAAUAUUGUCAGCAGCAGUAAAAAGAGAGCAACAGAGCAUGCGGAAUUCGAGGGCACCCCCCUGCUGGACCCCCUGGGGUCAGAACUUUGCAAGUCCACAACCCCCCCUGACAAGCCCUCACCAAUGGUUGGAAACAGGAAUUACCUGCACUUAGCCCUUCUGAACCAGAAGCCAUGUGUCCAUGUAACAAGCCGCUGGGAGGACCAGACCUUUCGCCUGAAUUACUCCAACAUGCUGGAGAACGUCGCCCUUGCAUUUGAGGGAGGGGUGAGCAAGGUAGCCGAGCUGAGCCUGACUUCGGAUGCUGAGGCCCUGUCUCUAGCCCACCAUGUUUUUCAGGAGUUUGGUAGCAAUUGCAGAAAAUUUGUUGCUUUUGCGGAGCAGAAGGUGAAGGGGAACCACUUGACCAUGCUGGAUAAGAAAAGACUCACCCUAUGCAGACAGGAGCUGGAAAGCAUGAUGGGUGAGGCAAAGUCCACUAUAGAAUCAAAGAGGAAGAGUCCGAGUAUGAAGGAGAUUCUUGAGGAUGCUCUGAGGAUCAUUCAGAGACUGAGGUUCCUGGUAGUCGAGCCGCAGCACACCCUCCCAGAUGUCUUUGUGUGGUUGCUCAGCAACAACAAGCGCAUUGCAUAUGCCCGCAUGCCUGCCCGGGAAGUGCUGUACUCCUCCUGCCCUGAGGAACGGGGCCAAGACUGUGGCAAGAUCAAGACCGUAUUCCUCAAGCCACCAGGCAAGCGUACGAUUGGCUGGACGGUGCAAGCUAAGCUUGAUGUCUACUUAUGGCUGGGAAGAUGCAGUGAAUCCUCUGACAUGCUGGAGAACCUGCCAAAAGGCUUUGAACCCCAGUGGGGCACAGCAGAUAACACCACCCCACCUGAUAACCUGAUCUGUCAAGAGCAGCACCAGUUCCAGUUGCGGGCUCAUAUGUACCAGGCCCGUGGGCUGAUUGCAGCUGACAGCACUGGCCUCUCUGACCCUUUCGCUAGAGUUUCCUUCCUAUCGCACAGCCAAACCACUGAAAUCAUUAAUCAGACACUGACCCCAACUUGGAACCAGAUGCUUCUUUUUAACAAGCUGACACUCUGUGGAGAGCUAACAGAGAUCGUAAAAGAGCCCCCGCGGAUUGUCAUCGAAGUGUAUGACGAUGAUGCACUGAGUAAGGCAGAGUACCUGGGCUCCACAGUGACCGUGCCAGUGGUCCAGCUCUCAGAGGAGCCUUACUCUCCAGCCCAGCUCCAGUACAACCCACUCUUCUGUGGCAGUCUGUCGGGGGGAGACCUGUUAGGUGCCUUUGAGCUCAUCCAGAUACCAGCAUCAGGUGAGAUAUCCCUGCCAGUUGUGGAUGAGCCAGAUGGACACAUCUAUCCUGUCCCUGCCAGCAUUCGUCCUGUACUCAGCUGGUAUAGACUGGAGGUGCUGUUCUGGGGCCUUCGGGAGCUGAAAAAGGUACAGCUUCUCCCUGUGGACCGGCCACAGGUGUUCAUAGAAUGCGCUGGGAAGGGCAUACGCUCCUCUGUCAUACAGAGCUACAAAAGUAACCCCAACUUCACCGUAAUGGUGGAUUCCUUCAUACUGGAACUGCCAGAAAACGAGAACUUGCACCCACCCCUCACUAUCAGCGUGGUGGACUGGCGUGCCUUUGGACGGAGCACGCUCGUAGGCAGCCAUGUAAUCAACAGCUUGAAAGGGUUCAAGUACAUCCCCCCGGUACUGCCCCCAGCACCACGGCCCCAGGACAUUCGCGAUGCAGAGGGCGUGUCUCAUCCUGCACCAGAAAGCAGCUCUGCAGAUCUAGUAUCUUCUGUGGAUAUCUACGUCAACAUCGAGCAGCAGGAAGUCACUCCCAUGCCUACUGCAACGACAGAGACUGAACCCCCAAAGAGAAAGGAGAUGAGGAAGAGCACACGGGGGUCCACCAAGAGGCGGAAGCGCACGAUUGCUGACGAGUCUGCUGAGAAUGUCAUUGACUGGUGGUCUAAGUAUUAUGCCUCAGUGGACAAGUUUCAGCAGGCCAGGCAAAGAGAAGCUCAUGCAUUCCCACACAUAUAUGAUAAUGUAUCCCCCCUCCAGCACUUGCUCUCGGAUGGAGUAGACUCCCUGGUGAGUGGGCAUCAAGACCAAUAUGCAGCCAGGGAUGGUGACAAGAAGAAAAAGCAGAAUAAAUUUAAAGCCCCCCUUGACCAACCCAAGGUGACAACACUGCAGGUGUAUGAUAAGGACCUGGAGGCAGAAUUCGGGGUCUUUGAUGACUGGGUCAACACAUUUAAACUAUACAGGGGCAAGGCUAAUGAGGAAGAAGGUUCCAUGGAAGAGAGGACUGUUGGAAAAUUUAAGGGUCGAUUCUGCCUGUAUAAGCUGAUGAGUGCUGAUGAUUGUGCAGAAGGUGACCCAGAGGCUGGGCAGUUUAAGAUUAACAAGGGAAUCCCACCCAAUACUUCUGUCAAGGUUUUGAUCCGGGUUUACAUUGUCUCAGCCACCAACCUUCACCCAGCAGACCCCGAUGGAUAUUCCGACCCUUACAUUGUCCUGAGGCUGGGGAAUACGGAGAUCAAAGACAGGGACAAUUACAUCCCAAAACAACUGAAUCCUAUUUUUGGCAGGUCUUUUGAGAUCCAAGCCACAUUCCCCAAGGAGUCUUUGUUGACUGUUUUUAUCUAUGACCAUGACAUGAUUGGGACUGAUGACUUGAUUGGAGAGACUCGGAUUGACCUGGAGAACCGUUUCUACACUCGACAUCGGGCCACAUGUGGACUGCCAAGUGAAUAUUCCAUUGAAGGCUACAAUACAUGGAGGGAUUCUAUUAAACCUUCAGAGCUGCUGGUCAAGUUAUGCAAAGACUACCGCCUAGAUGGCCCACAUUUCACGCAUGGAAGAAUUACCAUCGGAGACAAAGUCUUCGUUGGAAAGACUGUCUUUGUAGAUGAAGGUGCAGAAGAUCCUGUGGAGUCCUAUGAACACCUGGCACUGAAGAUCCUGCACCGCUGGGCUGAGAUACCAGGCAUUGGAUGCAAACUUGUCCCAGAACAUAUUGAAACCAGGACUCUUUACCAUAAAGACAAACCAGGAAUGGACCAGGGCCAGCUGCAGAUGUGGGUGGACAUGUUUCCUAUGGACAUGCCGCAUCCAGGCCCUCCAGUUGAUGUCUCUCCUCGAAAACCCAAAGGGUAUGAGCUGAGAGUCAUCAUUUGGAACACAGAAGAUGUCAUACUUGAAGAUACAAACUUCAUUACAGGGCAACAGUCUAGCGACAUUUAUAUAAAAGGUUGGCUUAAGGGCCUAGAAGAUGAUCGGCAAGAGACUGAUGUCCACUAUAGCUCACUGACUGGAGAGGGCAACUUCAACUGGCGCUUUGUUUUCCCAUUCCACUACCUGCCAGCAGAGAAAUUGCUGGUUGUUUCCAAACGGGGGAGCAUCUACUCUUUAGACAAAAAAGAGCAAAAACUUCCAGCUGUGCUGCUGCUCCAGGUUUGGGACUUUGAGCGGCUGUCCUCUGACGACUUCCUUGGUUCAUUGGAGUUGGACAUGCAUGGAUUUCCACGUGGUGCUAAAACAGCAAAAGCCUGUAAGAUGGAGAUGCUGAAUGACAGCUUUGAGAAAAUAUCCAUCUUCCAGCAGAAACGUUCACGGGGCUGGUGGCCCUUCGUCAAGGCUGGAGAGCUCACAGGAAAAGUAGAAGCCGAGUUCCACCUGGUGACGUCUGAGGAAGCAGUGAAGUAUCCAGUGGGUCGAGCCCGCAAGGAACCAGAACCAUUAGAGAAACCCAACCGACCAGACACCUCCUUCUCCUGGUUCAUGAACCCCUUUAAAUGCUUCUUUCAUCUGGUUUGGAAGAACUAUAAGAAGUACAUCAUCAUUGCCUUCGUGCUGCUGAUCAGCGCCCUGUUCAUCGCCCUGCUGUUUUACACGCUACCUGGUGCCAUCUCCCAAAAGAUCGUCAAUGGAUAAUGGGCAAUUAUGGCAAUUAGUAAUCUGCAGAUUUCUUUGAAUUUGAUUUUACUUUAAAUUAAUGGUGAUUUUUAAUGGUAAUUUCUUUCCCUCUCUUAUAUCCUUAUAUGUUUAGUCCCCUUUCCAUUCAUACCUGAUUUGAGUUUCUGCUGAAUUUAAUCAUGCCCAUGGUGGAUAUAGUUUUUAAGUUUGCUCCCACAUUCAUGCUUGUUAUAUUUUAGACUAAAAGUGCUCAUUACUAAAUGUAAUUAAAAUCUUGGGGUUGUAUUUGAAAACUACAUAUUCAUUAUAUCAUAUGCUGUAUGUUAAGAUAAUUUUUUUUGCGUAUUUUUUUGUAUCGUAAUGCUCUUAUCUAUAUAUUGUAAUGCUAUAUCGAUAUAUUAUAUCUAAGAUACAGCGCUUUUUGAUAAGGCUAGCUGCUAAACAAAUGAGAUCAACAUGUCAUUGGCUUUGCGUUAAACUUAAGAUAGAGAUUUAUGAAUGUUACUUGAUUUUCACGCAGCAAAUUAAGGUUUCAUGCAUAAUGCAUAUGUAAUCUUCU